AUGGAUUCUACCCCCCUUAAACCGUCGGAGCAGACACAGAGGGCUCUAGAGUCCGCACCGACUAAGGAAGUGCCGCCUGUACUCUCAGCACUACCUCAAACAAAGGCCGUACCUACAGUAGUCAUGGAUUCUACCCAGAAUAAAGGUUCUGAUUUAUCACCGAUACCCGUAGACAAUUCGCGUUCACCAGAGGUCCCUUUAGGGACACAGUCAUUAGUCGCUAACAGCAGUCCUGGUCCCGGGUCCGGAGCAAAUGAAGCAGCCCUGUCAGAAUCCCCUAAACCUGCAGAUGCUGUUAACGCACCGGUGGUCACGCAGAAUUCAGCGAAUGAGCCGCUUCUUCAGCCCACCGUCCCCAUUCCAGACCGCGAACCACCCAUCAUACCACCGGACCAAACACAGAGGCCUCCAGAGCCCCUAUCUCCUCAGGAACUGCUGUCUGUUCUGUCAGCACUAGCAGAAGACAUAUCUCCCGAAGAUUUUAGCUCGAAAAAAACCUCCGACGAUGAUGCUGCUUAUACCUUCCAUCAAGUGCGGCGGAUUGCCUUUAAUGGUAGAAGUUGCGCUGUCAUCACACAAAACAAGAAUGGUCCGUGUCCGAUGCUCGCGUUGGCCAAUGUCCUCCUCCUGCGUGGUGAACUUUCGCUCCCUGAAGGUCUAGAAAUCAUCGACGGCGAAGAAAUCAUUGCACGGUUAAGUAAUUAUCUCUUCUCACAGACCCCUGAGGUAAGGAACUUUUGUGUUAGAACUUUUGAUAUGCCACGGAUUUCUCACAAGCAGUUCAUUAUCAUUUUAUUUCUGAUAUACAUAAACUGCAAGCUUGACUCCUAA